GACUGCAUCAGUAUUGUGUGAUGAGUUAAUCUAAAUGAAAGCAGAGUGAGGAAUUAUCAUGACAUUCAUAUUCUAUUUACUUUUUGUAAUUUAAGCGAAUUAUUGUUUAUUUCAGGAAUAUCUAAACGUCUAAAUAAUUCUGUGUUGCAAUGAAUUACAUCUGACGUGAAACAGGGAGGAGCGAAAAUAGAAGAAAAUGGAUGUUGGGCUUCACUGUAGUGAACAAAAGUUCUGCAAUGAAUUUAGUACCUUGUGAUCUUCCGAUUCAUUUUUAGAUGAAGUGUGCCAUUAUGGGAGUGAUUUACAGCUGUACUUUUAAAUGUUAUAUUCUGUGGAUUUCCAUUUUUAUUUCCGUCGUUUUUAUGGGAGUUCCGCCGAAAAUUGUUCCACAAAUUGGAGAAGAUACGUUGAGAGAAGGUGACAGAUUUAUAGCUUUUUGUGGAGUCAGAGCUGGAGAUCCGCCCUUAACUUUCCAAUGGUCUAAGAAUGGAAAAUCCUUGAUAGAAUCAUCUCAUGUAGUAAUUCAUCGUCAAGGAGAUUUUUCAACUAAUUUAAUCAUUGCUGCUGUUAAAGGUACAGACAGUGGAAAUUACACUUGUAUGGCAUCAAACAAAUUCGGUUCAGAUAGUUUCACUACCAAGCUGUUGGUAUCAGUGCCUCCUUCUUGGGUUCGUCAACCAUAUGAUGUUUCAGUCAAGGCAGGAAAUAAAUUAAUUCUUGAUUGUCAAGCUGAUGGCUAUCCCGUUCCAAUCCCAAAAUGGAGAAGAACUAAAGGUUUUAGCGUUUCACAGUCCUCUCAAGUUACCGAAAAUCAUUGGAAGAUUAUUAAUACUGGUACCUUGAGUACUUCAGCUGCCAAGAAGGAAGAUGAAGGAUUUUACACUUGCGAGAUUUCAAAUGGAAUUGGAAAGAACUUAACAAAAACUGUCCGAGUGGAAGUUCAAGUUCCUCCUUUUGUAAAACUAGAUUCUACACAAAAAGUGGCCAGAAAUGGCGACAAUUCUGAACUUAUAUGCAAUAUUACUGGAGACAAACCUCUAAACAUUUAUUGGUCCAAAGAUGGUAAUAAACUUGCGGACAAUCAAAGGAUACAAAUAGUAGAAACUAUAUUAGAACGAAGUUUUAUUUCAACCUUGAAUAUCGAAUCAACAUCCAGAGAAGAUAGCGGAUUGUAUGUGUGUAGUGCCAAUAAUACUUUUGGAUAUAAUCAGAUGGGAGUUCGACUUGGAAUAGUUGAACCACCCAGCCAACCACAAGAGUUAACGAUCAAAUCAGUCUGGAGUAGGAGCGUUCGUCUGAACUGGAAGCAUCCCUAUAAUGGAAACAGUAUAAUUCAAAAAUAUAUCAUCCGUUACAAGAAAGAAGAAAGCACUAAUCCUUCCGAUUCCGAAAUGAAAAUUGAUGGUUCUCAAACAUCUAUUAUUAUACUUCGCUUGAAACCUUAUACUAAAUAUCAAUUUCAAAUUAUUGCUGUUAAUGACGUCGGAUCGAGUAAACCCUCGAAAUUAGCUGAAACUGUCACGACAGAAGAAGAACCUCUAUCUCCACCUUAUGAUCUUCAAGUGACCGAAAAAUCUGCUACAACAUCACAUCUCAUUUGGAAGUCACCACCUAAGCAUCAAUGGAAUGGACCAUUGAUAGGUUUCUACAUUGGUUACAAAAAGACUAGUCAAGGUUCUCAAAUACCUUAUUCAUACAAAAAUGUGAAAAUGGAUCAUAGACACGAAACACAGAAAACCAUUUUAGACAAUCUUCACAAGACUUCAACUUACACUGUAAAUGUCAUUGCAUAUAAUAGAGCAGGAAUGGGCCCUCCUUCAGAGCCAAUUCUUGUUACAACUUCCUACGUUGAAUCUCCUCCAACACCUCGAAUCUCUAUUCUAAUUAGUGAUCCAAAUUCUGUGACGAUAAGAAUUUUAUGGAGCUCAAAAAGAAAUAUUCCUUUAACUGGAUAUGUUGCUCAUAUAAAACCCACUAAUGGUCAAUGGCAGAUGGUUGGACUCCUACCUUCUCCAAAUAAUAACUAUACCAUUGGAGGAUUGGCAAGCGGAGUUCAAUACCAAAUGUACUUAACUGCGAAGAAUGAAUAUGGUGAGAGUGGACCUACUGAAGUUCUCAGUUUUCUUACAGCAAACAAAAGAAACGAAGAAGAGCCUCUUUAUCAGCAAUUGUCCUUCACGCUUCCUGUUGUCGUGUCAUUGGUUAUUGUAAUAGUUCUGCCUUUAGUAUCAUGUUGCUGUAUGCAUAAAUUGGAUAGACCAUUUCUAGAACCAGGAGUUGAGGCACGUGGAUUCACCUACACUGCAGCAACUCCGACGCAGAGACCCGAUCUAGUCACUGCAGACCACACAAUGGUGCGUUCAUUACCACGCGCUCCAAUUCCACCUCCUGUACCCAUUCCAGUAUCUACUCCUGUACAGAAUCAGUCCACUUAUUCUGCUCUUCAUACAUAUGGAAGUGAAGCAGAAUAUGAUGAUCCUAGAUACGAUAGUGUGGUGGAAGAAAUGAAGAAUUUCUUAGGUGCCAACGCCAUGAAUCGUAAAACAACUUUAUAAACAGAAUCUGAAGAAGAAAUUUUUAUGUACAUUUCAUGAUUUUGAGAUCUUUUUACCUUAAAAAAUUGUCUAUUCAAUAAUAAGCGAAUGCUGGAAUGCGAGAUGUUCAAUGUCUCAAUAGUUUCUAUGACUUAGAAAAUGUGUGAAUAUGUUAAAAUCCACAUCUUGUAUUAAAUAUUAUUUAUUGUUUUUAUGAAAUAAAAUUUUUAAUAGUUAUUAUUUUUUCU